AUGCUAGAAAGACUAAAAGAAGUUAUUGCAUUAGCAAAUAAUCCAACAACAGAUCAAGCUACUAAAAAGCAAGCUUUAGAUUAUUUAGAGCAGCUUAAACAAGAUCCAGAAAAUGGUACCAAGUUAUUCACGACUUUAUUGACAGAAGAAUCCAAUAAUGAUCUAAAUAAAUUUGUUGCAUUACAGUUUAUUAAUGACAUCGUCGUUUCAAUGCAAAAUGAUUACAAUAAGUUAGAUUCUAUCAAAGCAGUAAUGCUAGACUUCAUUAUGCAAAAAAUUAAUAAUAAUACGAAUGAUCCCGAAUAUUUUAAAAACAAGGUAGCAGAAACAUUUACUAGAUUAUUUUACUAUAUGUAUGGUCCAAAUUUUAAUGGGAAUCAAUGGAAUACAUUUUUUUCUGACUUAAUUAAUGUUUUCCAAAUUCAAUCCCUGCUUGAAAAUACUAUACCCAGUAAUUUUUCCUUACUAGGCUUAGAUUAUUUUAAUAGAAUUUGCUUAUCAAUUAAUUCUGAAAUUGCUGAUCAAACUUUUGCAAGACCAAAGCAGAUUCAACUUAAAAAUAAUGAUUUAAAGGAUUCGAUGAGGGCUCAUGACGUUCCUAUUUUAACAACUAUUUGGUUAAAUGGAUUAAAAGCUUUGGCACCAUCAAAUACUACAAAUAGCAGCAAUAAAUCGAAUUCUGAAUCAGUGUCCUUAAUACUAGCAUGCAUUGGUGCAUUUGUCUCCUGGAUUGAAAUUUCACUUAUCGUAACACCAGAAUAUAUUCAAGCCAUAUAUGGCUAUUUAGAUUUCCCACCUACUAAAAUAUCCUGUGCGAAUUGUCUAUGUGAAAUUAUUUCGAAAAAAAUGAAACCUGUAGACAAAUUAUCGUUACUAAGCAUGCUAAAUUUAACAGAUAAGUUGAAUUUAAAUAAUCCUACGAAUGGCAAUAAAAAUAACGGUUCAGACGAUGAAGAACCAGAUGAAAUAGAACUAAAUGAAACCUUCUCAAAAUUAGCUUCCUCGGUUGGUAUUGAAUUUUGCAUUAUUAUAGAUCAAUGUAAUGAAAAUUCAUCUCUCGAAGGCCAGCAAAUUGCAACAACAGCAGACCAGCAAAUCAUAGAACAAGUUGCUCCAUUAGUAUUGAAUUUCAUGAAUAACGAUUAUGAUUCGGUAACUGAACAAACAUUUUCAUUUAUAAAUCAAUAUUUAACAAUACUAAAACGAUUAUUUGCUCUAGGUGGUAAACCAGGCUCAGCUGUGGCAAUUAAUUCAAAAAGACAACCAUUAGAUAUUAAUCACGAAAAAUUUUUGGUACAACUAAUUCAAAUUUGUUUUAAAAAAAUGAGAAUCGAUGAUUCCACCACUGAAGAUAUGGUUGAUGCUAUUGAUGAGUUUAGUGAUACUAUAAGAUCUAAAUUAAAAGUUAUCCAGGAUAAUAUUGUACUAAUUAAUCCAAAUUUAUAUUUGGAGAAUAUUUCAAACAAUAUUUCUUCAGCUCUAAUGAACUUAAACUCAAAUACCUUGAACUGGAGAGAUAUAGAGUUAGCCAUUUAUCAAAUGCAUAAUCUGUGCGAAAGUAUUAAAAAUAAUUUGUUUGGUUUAAAUAAGUCUGAUAUUUACCAUUCAGAACCAUGGAAUAGGAUGAGUAAAUUUUUAUUAAUGCUAAUGGACAAUACUGUUAUUUUCCAAAUCAAUAAUCAAUACAUUCAAAUUCUAUUUUUUGAGUUAAUUGUGAAGCACAAUACAUUUUUACCAAACGGUGGUAAUAAUGUUAAGGAUGAUAUUGUAAUCAUCAACAUUUUUUGUUCAAAUUUUGGUAUGUUUAAUAAUGUGGAAAAAGUUAGACAUAGGUCCUGGUAUUUAUUUUCGAGAUUUAUCAAAACUAUAAAACCGAAACUAAGUACUGAUAUUCUAAAUGAAAUGAUUAUUAAGUUAGGUCCGUUAUUAACGAUCAAAGCAAACCUAUCGAAAUCUGAGACCUCAACAUCCAAUAACAAUGAGAUAUUUGACCUCACUUUUGAUAAUCAACUUUAUAUAUUUGAAAGUAUUGGUAUUUUAAUUGGCUCAAAUUCAGAUAACAAUUUUAAUAUAAUUGACAGCAUUUUAUCACCAUUAUAUCAAGAAUUAGAACGUUGCAUUUCAACACAAUUACAAACUCCCGAAAUUAUUUACCAAUCUCAUCAUAUUCUGAUGUCAAUUGGUACCUUUACGCGUGGUAUUCAUUAUGGUAUUGUACCUGAAAACCAAGUUAACAAUUUUUUGAUAAAUAAUCAUCAUGAGGAAAAUAAUAAAUUAGUGGUUAAUAAAAUUUUAAUCGAAAAAAUUUCUAAUGUUGCUGAGGUUGUUUUGGUUACAUUUUCAUUUUUUAAUAAAUUUGAGAUUAUUAGAGAUGCAUCAAGAUUUACAUUUUCAAGAUUAAUUCCAAUUUUAAAUAAAAUUAUUGUUCCAUUCACAAAUAAACUAAUUAUACUAUUUUUAGAAUCUGACUUAAAAGUAGUUGAAAUGAUUGACUUCUUAAGUUUCUUGGGGCAAUUUGUUCAUAUGUUUAACAAAGAGGAAGAAUGCUUUAAUCUAUUCAAUAAUUUAUUGAUUUCAAUCAUUGAAAAGAUACAUUUAAUAAUGGAUACCUUAAUUAAUGAAGAAAAAAUUGAAGCUACGGGGAAUAUUUCUAAAAACAAUGAGAAUAAUGAUAUUAACAGAUCAAAUUCCAAUAACAACACAGGAACUCCAACUAAGAAUAGCGUUGUAAUCACUGAUUCAUUUAGAGAUCAAGUAUUAUUGAAAAAAGCUUAUUUUACAUUUCUACAAUCAUUUGUAGCUAAUAAUAUCACCAGCAUUUUAUUAACAGAGAGGAAUUGUAAAAUAUUACCAUUAGUAUUCAAAGAUAUCUUAGAUGUAACACCAAAGAUUAUUGAAGAAAGUUCAUUUAUGAAAGUUUCCUUAAAUUUAUUAAUAAAUUUACUAAAGAAAAUUGGAUCAGGCAAAUAUACAGAUGCUAAUGAUAAAUAUAAAAACUUUAUUAUCAACGAAACCAUUGAUGGAUUAGAUGAUUAUUUAAUAAUGAAUAUAGUGCCAAUGAUUUUCGAAAUACCUUUCAACAAUGAAUAUAAAUUUAAUAUUAAGGAUAGUAAUUCCAGAAUUAUUGCAAUUGAUCUUUCGAAAAUCUUAACUGAAUUGGUUAAACAGAAUAUGGACACUAAUAAUGGUGAUAUCGAUAAUAACAAUAUAUCAAAUUCAAAUGUUGAAAACAAUCGAUGUGUAAAAUAUUUGAUUGAAAUAUAUUUACCUGGCAUUCAAUUUCCAAAUGAUUUAAUCAUGGAUUUGGUUAGUAAGCUAAUUAAUCAAAACGGAAAGUCAUUUGAGAAAUAUUUUAUUGAUUUAAUUACUAGAUUAAAGCAAUAG